AGGCGAUAAUAGAGUGUUCUUUACAGAAGGAGUAAAUCACAAAUAAAAAGACAGAUGGAAGAAACAGGAACAUUAAACAACAGCAGAGCCAAAAGUGUAGUUAUUGCUAUCUUUUUUCUACUAUAGCUUAACUUUGGCUGUUGUGGAAAUACUCAUAACGUACAAUAGCUUUAUUAUAGUGCCACCUCGUGGUUAAAUACCAGAGGUGCAACGAGGAUUCACGAGUGAAUGUGGACAAAUGCAAUGCACAUUAUGUGCAGUAUAUCAGUCCUCAGAGAACAAUGGGGUCUAUUUGAAAUUUCUGCUUUCUAAAAUAACCAUUAUUUCAUGAAAUUAUUCAGAUUUUUUUUUUCAGCGCUGCCGUUCCAUUCAAAUGAACUGCCAUAAAAAAGAAGAGUCUCAGGACAUAGAAAAUAAACUCAACAUUUUUGUGAAGCUGUCUUCUUCUGGUGGUUUAAUCACCACAUGUUUAUAGUCAGUACAGGAAAAUGUACCACAAUGCCACAGACCCGGGCAAUCUUCCCUGCUCUUGCAUCAUUUGCUCUUGGUAUUUGUACCGGUUUUUGUGCGCAUGUUCCACUGGCUUUCUGUGUCGUCGCCUAUUCUCCAUUGGCUCUCCCUGCGCUCUGUGUUCAGCCUUCACACCGGACCAGCCUUCACACAGCAGAGUGCGUGCGCCAAACGUGUGUGUGUGUGUGUGUGCAUCUAACCCACGCUGCUUGGAAGCGGACUCAGCUUCCCACGGUUCUCUGAAGAGAAAAAGAUGGAGAAAAAGAGCGAGAUCAACGGGCACGCCAUGCCCAGCUCGGCCUCUACCGACCGGAUCCUGAAGAAAAGCGCGCAGAAGAGCUUCAGGGAGAAGCUGAUGGAGUUUCUGAGAAAGAACCUGCUGGUGAUCAUGACGGUGUCCGGGGUGCUGGUGGGCGUCGGGCUCGGGAUGAUGGUCCGCAACAUGAACCUGACCAAGGCGCAGAUGACCUACUUCGCCUUCCCCGGAGAGAUGCUCCUCCGGAUGCUGAAGAUGAUCAUCCUGCCCCUGGUCGUCUGCAGCCUCAUAUCCGGCGCCGCCAGCCUGGACACCCGCUCCCUCGGCAAGCUGGGGGGCAUCGCGGUCGCCUACUUUCUGGUGACCACGCUGAUCGCCUCGGGGAUCGGGGUGGCCCUGGCCUUCAUCAUCAAACCCGGCGUGGGCGCAGGAGCCCUGAACACCAACAACCUGGGACUGGAGAGCGUCAGCAGCAACAAGGAGACCACUGACUCGUUUUUAGAUCUGGCCAGAAAUUUAUUCCCAGCGAACUUGGUAGCUGCUGCUUUCCGCUCUUAUGCCACUGACUACAAAAUGGUUGCUGUAGGGAACGACACCAAUGGGACCACCCUCUAUCAAAAGGUGCCUAUUGGUACUGAAACCGAUGGCAUGAACAUCCUUGGUCUGGUGUUAUUUGCUAUGGUGUUUGGCGUGGCGCUGAGGAAGCUGGGAGAUGAGGGGGAGGAGCUAAUUCGUUUCUUCAACGCUUUCAACGAGGCCACCAUGGUGCUGGUGUCUUGGAUCAUGUGGUAUAUCCCUUUUGGCAUCAUGUUCCUGGUGGGCAGUAAGAUUGUGGAGAUGGAAGAUGUGGUUCUUCUGGUCACUAGUCUGGGAAAAUAUAUCUUUGCUUCAAUCCUGGGCCACAUUAUCCAUGGAGGCAUCGUCCUGCCCCUCAUCUACUUUGGCUUCACACGCAAGAACCCCUUCAGUUUCCUGUCAGGCCUCAUCACGCCCUUCACUACUGCCUUCGCCACCUGCUCCAGUUCAGCAACUCUUCCCUCUAUGAUAAAAUGUAUUGAGGAGAACAACGGUGUGGACAAACGCAUCAGCCGCUUCAUCCUUCCCAUCGGGGCCACUGUUAAUAUGGAUGGGGCAGCCAUAUUUCAGUGCAUCGCUGCUGUCUUCAUCGCUCAGCUCAACAAUGCUGAGCUGAACGCUGGACAGAUCUUCACCAUCCUGGUGACAGCCACAGCCUCAAGUGUUGGUGCAGCAGGCAUCCCAGCCGGCGGCAUCAUUACCAUCGCCAUCAUCCUGGAGGCCAUUGGCCUGCCGACCAACGACCUGUCCCUCAUGCUGGCUGUUGACUGGAUUGUGGAUCGUACCACCACGGUGGUGAACGUGGAGGGCGACGCUCUGGGUGCUGGAAUCCUCCACCACAUCAACCAGCAGCAGAUGAAGAAGCAGCAGGAGCAGCAGCAGCAGGAAGAAGGGGAGCUGGCGGAGGUCCGGGUGGAGGCGGUGGCCAACAUCCAGGCGGAGGAGGAGACGUCGCCACUUGUCAUGCACCAAACCAAAGCCUUAGGGGCCACGCCGGAAGCCAUUGAGUCUGUCCUGUGAACUCAGCAAGACUUUUCUUCUUGCCCCCUGACCUUUCGACCUUUCGACACUUCUGACGUUGCUGCUGAUGUGACACCAUUCUGACUCAGUGUCCAUUCAAAAAACAAGGUCACUAAUGGUUUCACUUGUGAGACAAAACAAAGUGCCAUCAUAACUGUCUAGAGCAUUAACAGUCUACAAUGCACCUAGUGCUGCUGUUGUGCUUUCGAAAUUUAGUCACUUGGGCUUAUGCCUCAAUAACUGGGUUUCCAUACAAGCAUUUUAAUGCAGAUUAGGAUAUGAUGAAUUUUAGAAUUAUUGAUUUAGAAAUCAUUUCCUCAAUCUAGCUAAAAAGUUAUUUUAUUUUUUUUGUAUUUUUAAAAUUUUGAUUAAAGCAUUUUGCUAUAAACAGUGAUGGAAACACACUUUGUGUAAAAUGUCCCCAAAACAUUCCCGUAAAUGUCGUAGCUCUGUUUGUCUCAUGUACUGUAUGAGAUGCUCACGGCCAUAAGUUUGUACAAUAGAACAGCAUUAAGUGUUUUGUUUUGUGUUUGUUUUUAUCUUCAGACAGCAAUGACCAACAUUAACUAUAGAUCACUAACAACUUGCCAACUGCUGACAAGUCAAAGUGUCUAACAAACUUAAUUACACAUUUGGGAUGCCUGUAUAAUCACUUCAACUCAGCUGGUGGAAAUGUAUGUAUUUGCAUUUUAUUUGUUCAGCCCAUUCUUAGCUUGGAUGGAAACAGCAAAUUCUGUCUUUCAAAGUCAAAUCAGAUUGAAAAGGGAACUGUUUGGUCCCUGGUUCAAAAUUGUUAUUUGUCAUAAUUCAGAGAGUUGUUUACAAGAGGUGCCCAGACUUUUGCUUGCUGACUGUCAGUAAACAAUGUCAAACAUUUACCCUGCAAAUGACAGGUUAAGAAUUGGGCCUAUUUUUUGGACAAGCCUCACGCAACCUGUUUAACCAGUGACACACAGUGUGGUACACAGCAGACAAUGUCAAACAUUUACCCUUCAAAUGACCGGUUAAGAAUUGGGCCUAUUUUUUGGACAAGCCUUACGCAACCUGUUUAACUAGUGACACACACUAUGGUAAAGCAUUUUGAAUGUUGGAUCAUUUGAAGCUGGUGCGUUACCAUGUGGGAAAACCUAUCGAUACGUGUUAUAUCCCCAGACUAAUCCUAUUUAUCCCUGAGUAAACAGAACAUUGGGGUUAAUGUUCUCUUUCUCUAAAUCUCUGGGAAAAGUCCACAUAAAAAGCCAACUGCAAACAUGAUAAGGUACUUAACUUUUACCUGCCUUUGUUUCCCAUUUGAUAUCAGCAUUUUCCUCCAAUUUUUUAAUGAUAUAGUUGCUUUACAAAUUUGCUCCUGGAGUCUGUGUACUAAUAAUGGCUACACACUGAACACCCAGCCGUCUCAGCUAGCUAGCUCUCAAAAGCUGCAUUUAUGCAUCAGCACUUUUUGAAUUAGGCGAGUCAGCUGCGCAAAUCUGUGUGUGUUGGCAUCUUUCUUACCUAUUUGUUACAAAAUACUUUCAAACAAUACAUUAGUGUUGCGACUUUUUUAUAAAAGUAGCAGGUAGCUUUGUUCCUAAUUGCUUUUGAGAAAUACGUUACCAAGGAGUAGCUAGUUAGUUUUGGGUGUUGUUUGCUAGCUAAUUAGCCAGCUAAAGCAAUGCAUGUUAACAUGCAGCUAUCAGUUAGCUAGUUAGUUAAUGAUCAUAUUUCUUAGUUAAUAUAUCAGGUGUUUAGAUUAAGUCAUGGUUAGCUGACCUGAUACUCAAGUUAGCUAGUAAUUGUAACACAUGAAACAGAUAGUAUGAAAAAAAUUAUGUAUGGUGAAAAGAUCAGCUCCCAGUCGAAAACAGAACAAAAAUGAAAGUUUCAUGCCCAGUCCUGUUGAGACAGCAAACUAGGAGCUAGGUAAAUGCAACCUGCUAUUGUUGCCCAAAAGCUGACCUCCAUAUUUGAAGGCAUCUUGAAGAGCUUACGGGAUCCUGUUAAAUACAUAGUUACGGGACAUAAUUACAGUUAAUGGAACAUUAGUUUGCAAGUACCGUAAACACACUUGUUUGUUUGACAUCACGAAAACACUCCAGUCUCACAUUUAUUAAAGAACAGAUAUUCGACUUAUGGUUGUCAGUAAGGUCAGUAGUUCAGGAUUAAGACAUCCCAGCAAAUGCACAGAGACUUCACUCAAAAAUCAAAGCUCCAUCAAAUGUUUACACUCAAAUACUGGACCAAAAUACAUGAGUUCACAUCAUACUGGAUGUCAUUAUUUUGUGAAUCCAUCCUUUGAUUUUAGAGUGUUUGUCUCAGUAGUGUUUCAGAGGCUUGCAUCAUGAUAUUAGCCCGGAAGUUAUGUGAUGUUUGUUAAUAUUUGUAUUUUAAUUGUUUUUAAGACCAGAGAUGAUGCUAUGUCACAGUCCCUGACUUUUCACCAAAACCCCUUCCUGUCUUAUUGGCUAAAUGUUUACCUUGGUGGGUUUUUUUUAAAAGUGCAUACUGCCUGGUGCUUUUCCUUGAUCUAGGGAUAAAAACUGUAAGACUAGACUUGCAACAUGCUAUAGCUGAUGUCUGUGCAGUAUGAUAUACAGUUUAACAUGAAGGAAACUGCCAAAUUUCUGAUGGUUUAGCAGAAAGUCUCCCAUUAGGAUGCAGGACUUGACUGACAGGAUGAACCUGUGCUGUCCUCUAGUGGUGGUGACAGGCAUUAAUGUGAAAGUACUAAACUGAGGGCGAUCAGCUUGGUUGAACCAUUUUUUUGUCUGUAACACUUGUGAGUUUUCAGCUGGCUUUGUUGAAUGAUAACUGUGGUAAUAUUUCCUAUUUAUUUGAUUUACUGUUUAACAUUCAUAGGGAACAACUGGUGAUGAGAAUUGCUCCUGAGCUGAGUCUUGUGUUAUACUAUAUUUUAAAGUGAAAACCACGAGAGGAAGGAACGUCAUGUAUAUGAACAUAAACUUAAUGCAUGUUGCUGUCACCUAAUGUCUGAGAUGCUCAUUAUGACGUGGUGGUGCUGCUUUAGUUUUGGAUCAUGGUGUGUCUCAAUCAUGGUGUGACACAAACUGUCUCCUUUAAUGAGGAAGCGAACUAGUAUGUUUGAAAAUUUCUUACUCAUCAUCUGAGAUUUAACAGAUGACUUUUCUAAGCUAACAACUGCUCUGUUAACCUAAAGCUGAUCUUUAUGACUAGAUUUUGUUGAGUAUAUCUGGUACAAUCACAUGUAAUUACAUAUAAUGUGGUACAUGUACUAUAUAGCCCAUAUUUAAUAUUAAUUUAUUUGUAAUUGUUUUAACUUUUUGUAUUAUUUGUACUUUCUCAUUCUCAAUUUUUAUUGUUAUGAUAUAAUUUUAAUGAAUUUUUCUGCCAGUGUUUCUGAUAACCUGUUGAUAGAAAUGUACUUUAAUUUCUGCUGUGUUUUUUGUUCAGGAAAAACUGCUGCCUUGUCAAUGUGUAACACUGUACCGCUGUCUCUUUCCUGUUGGUCCUGCUAUCUGUCAACAUUAAAGGUGAUACACUACAUUUUUCAUGCAACCCAAA